UUAAACUUGUGAAAAGAAAAAAAAUCUGUUACUGUUUGCAGCAUGCUUGCUGAGUUUUGUACACUGCUGUUUAUUUUCUCUGAUUGCCUGAAGCAAUAGUGAUUGUGGGUUGUGGGUAAGUCCUGCCAGUCUUCUGUUAAAAGGAUUUGAUACAAACAAAAAAACCUUCUUGUUUUGAAUGCAGACAGAAACAUUACACUAAAAGCUACACAGUGAAGUGAUUACUGGUUCGUAAUGCUUCAAAGAUCUCCAAUACUGAAGCUGGGGCACAGAAUACAGGACGCAGACUACAGGGAGAAAUCAGAAAAGCAGAAUCUGUGUGCUACAAAUGAGAGAGCAGAGCAGUGCUGUGGGGAGCACAGACGGAGACUGGAGCUGUUCUGCCAGGAGGAUGAGGCCUUUGUCUGUGUCCUGUGUGUCCCCAAACAUUCCAGGCACAGUUUUGUGUCCCUGCGUGAGGCACUCAGUGUCUACAAGGACAAAAUGAAAGCAGCUUUAAUAUCUCUAGACUCCAAACUGAAAGAUUUAAAAUAUAUACAAAACCAUCAGGAGAAAAAAAUCACAGCCGUACAAGAAGAUGCAUUUAAUUUGGAAGUGUAUAUUAGACAGGAAUUUGCAAAAUUGCAUCAGUUUCUCCGAAACAAGGAACAGAAACUCAUCCAGCAACUGGAGGAGGAGGAAGACGAAGAAGAAGCAGCAAACUUUCUGAAAGAAGCUGAAGAAAGUCUUCUAAGUGUUAAACAUGGUGCUAUUUCCUUCCCUGUGGCAGUGUCUGGUGGUAACAUGGAAUUCAGUAAUACAGUAACAGAAUUGGAGACUGUAAAAGAAAUGGUAGAAACAUUUGAAUCCAUUAAAAAAGAUGUUAUGGCCACACAGAAGUCAGGUGACAGUAAUUUGGAGAUCAGGCAACAGGACUCUUUUAAUAUACUAACAGUCCCAGAAUCCUUUGAAGAUGUUGCUGUUGCUUUCUCAGAUGAGGAGUGGAAAAUGUUAAAAAAGCAGGAUGAGGAGCUUCACAAGGAAGUGAUGGUACAGAACUUUGAAAACAUGGUUUCAGUAGGAUACAAAAUUCCCCCAAUGAAGUUACUGUUGCUGUUCAGAGCAGAUGAUGAAUUGCCAAAGAGUGUUUUAAAGAGAAGAAAUACGACAGAGCAAAAGGAUAAUCUUGAAGAUAACUUCCAUAGUAUUAGAAGCUCAGAGUACAGUAUGAACUCUAGGCAGCAGCCAUCACUUGAGAGAUCCCAGUUACAUUACCCAACAGAGAAACUGCAAGGGUGUGCUCAGCCUAUGAAGGUCUGUGACAAGUUUCAUAUAACUUCUGUACCACAGUUUCACUCAGAACAUAGCAGCAAGAGUCUUGAAUGUGACAAAGGAACACCCCAAUCACAUCUCCUGACAGAGAACCUGUAUCAGUGCUCUCAGCGUGAGAAGGGAUACGACAAGCUUCAUCUCACUCCUGUACCAGAGCUUCACUCAGGAAAUAACUGCAGCAAGUUUUCUGAAUGUGAUACAAGUGGAAGAUCUCACACAGACAAGAAACCAUAUAAAUGUGCCCAGUGCAGUAAGUCCUUCACACAUGCCAGCCAUCUUCGUACGCAUCUUGCAAGUCACUCCGGGUUUAAACCAUAUAAAUGUGCUGACUGUGGUGAGAGCUAUACAACAAAAAAUGAGGUAAUACUCCAUAAGUACUGUCAUUCAGGGAUUAAACCAUAUAAAUGUGCUGAAUGUGACAAGUGUUUUGCAAAAAAGCAAAGUCUAAUAAACCAUCAGUAUGGCCACUCAGGCAUUAAACCAUAUAAUUGUGAUGAAUGUGGUAAGUGUUUUGUAAGGAAAGAUAGCCUAAUGUACCAUCAGUACUGCCACUCUGGGAUUAAACCACAUAAAUGUGCUGAAUGUAAUAAGUGUUUUCGACAAAAGUACCAGCUAACACUCCAUCAGUACACUCACACCGAGAUUAAACCAUAUAAAUGUGCUGAAUGUGAUAAGUAUUUUGCAAGAAAAUCACAACUAAAAAACCAUCAUAACCAUCACACAGGAAAGAAACCUUAUAAUUGCCCUGACUGCAGUAAGUCCUUCACAUCCACUGCUAAUCUUCGAAGUCAUCUUGUUUCUCACACAAAAGUCAAACCAUAUAAAUGUGCUGAGUGCAACAAGUGUUUCAAACAUGCCUAUACUCUUCGAAAACAUCAUGCUCUUCAUACAGCAGUUAAAUGAGCGCAGACUAUGUAAAAUGGGAGGAAGUAACAGCCAGAGAAAAUGAAACAACAUCAAGAGAAGUUCCAAUAUGGAAAACCACAGGUCUAGAUAAAGUAUCUAACUUUGGGGUAAAGGUAUCUUUACACAAAGACUUAGCCCUGAGUAAAAAGUGUUUAUAUUCACAUCUUGAACAGAUACCAACCUGAUUAACAAUGGGCAAAAACAUACUACUGCUAAAAUAUGAACCUGCAAGCCAUCCAAAGAAUGAAACGCCAGUAAUUUGCCUUCCAACAAUAUAUACAUUAUAUGUACCAGAACUGAUGCUGCCAGAGUUUACAGCAAUUAAAAAAAUUCAAUCAUAGCACUAUAACAAAAAGGUAAAGUCAUGUGGAACAAAAGAUAAUUUACAGUGAAAGCAACAACAGAGAACUGUAAAAAAGGGAAGACUUUACCUUUAAACUCUCCAGAUUUUCACAGAAUGCCCAG